AUGUCAGGGCGACAAAAAGCUCUCCUUCUUGCUUCUGGAAUAGGGGGUGCAGGCUAUGCGGCCUGGAAGACAUUUUUUCCCUGGAUUGGUGAUGAUAUCAAGACAAUUAGAGCUAUCUUGGUAGUUCUCAAAAAGAUUGGUGAAAACUUUAGCAAGGUGAGGACAGUUUUGGAUAUGUUUGAAGAUGACGUAACAAGAUUACCGAAAAAGGCGUUCAUCAUUUUUGAGGAUAGACAAUACUCGUACGAAUUUGUCGACGCCAUGGCCAAUAGAGUGGCAAACCUUGCUGCAUCAUGGAACCUUCCUCGAGAUACCCCAGUCGCCAUGAUGCUAGAAAACGAACCUGCAUUCGUAUGGACAUUUCUAGGUCUGCAGAAGGCAGGACUAGUAGGAGCCUUUAUUAACUACCACUUAAAAGCUCAUCCACUCAUUCACUCCAUCAAAGUCAGCGAGGCACCUGUUCUCAUCACUGGCUCAGGAGAAGGCCAUUUGGAGUCGAUCCUCGAGAUACUGAACGAUUUGCCUGACCUUAAAAUUUAUGUCCAGGGAAAACGGCAAACUGACCUCCCUUCAAACUUUGUUGCUAUGGACGACGUUCUUCUUCGGACUCUUCCUGUGCCUCUUUCUAAGGCACGCCGGGAGGGAACCACCUUACGCAGUCCCGUCUGUUACAUAUAUACAUCUGGUACAACAGGACUACCGAAGCCAGCGAUCAUCAACCAUUCAAAAGCCGUGGCUGUCUCGUUGUAUUGGCAAACAUUCGGUUACAAUGAAAACGAUAUAUCUUACGCUGUUACACCUCUAUACCACAGCGCUAGCACCAAUAUGUGUCUAUUCAAUACAAUUGAAAGAGGAGCCACUAUUGUCCUCCGCCGAAAGUUCUCCGCCCGUCAUUACUGGGAAGAUGUGCGCAAACAUAAAGUUACAGUUAUACAGUAUAUUGGAGAAUUAUGCAGAUAUUUACUACGUGUUCCAAAGAAUGAUCUUGAUGGUGUUCACAAUGUGCGUGUGGCGUUUGGGAAUGGACUUCGGAUAGACAUAUGGGAAGAAUUUAAAACCAGGUUCAAGAUUCCGCGGAUAGUAGAAUUUUUUGGAGCAACGGAGGGAACUGGAAGCUUUCUGAAUGUUACUGGUAAAGUUGGUGCCAUCGGCAGGAUAUCUCCUUUUAUGAAAGCAACCAUAUUUCGGGAUAAAAGCUUUCAAAUAAAUUUCAUUAAAUUCGACAUCAGAUCCGAAAAACCGAUAAGAGACAAAAAUGGGAGAUGUAUCCAUAUCAGACCAGGUGAAGUGGGUCUCAUCAUUUGUGGGGUAAUCGAAGAAUACUACUCUGGAUUGUACAAGGGUUCUAAGGAAAUGAACGACAAAAAAUUCAUCCGAGACGUCUUUGAAGAGGGUGAUCGCUGGUUUUCAUUCGGUGAUUUGAUCUACCUGGAUGAAAACUACGACGUAUAUUUCAGAGACAGAACUGGGGACACAUUUAGAUGGAAGAGUGAGAAUGUUUCUACUGCUGAAGUCGCUGACGUUGUGAGUCGUAUUCCAUUUAUUCGUGACGUCAAUGUCUACGGUGUGACAAUUCCAGGUGAAGAUGGGCGAGCUGGAAUGGCGGCCAUUCUUCUAAAACAAGAAAACGACAAAAUUACAGAAGACAAAUUGCGAACAAUUUACUCAGUCUGUGAGAAGGAACUUCCGGUCUACGCUCGUCCUUUGUUCCUCCGCUUCAUGUCGGAGUUCAUCGUCACACAAACAAUGAAGAACCGCAAGGUGGAGCUAGUGGAGGAAGGUUAUGACCUGGAAAAGGUCAAGGACCCACUGUAUUUCAUCGACUCAAAAAACAAGACUUAUUCUCCUCUGUCUCUGGAAAAUUUCCAAGCUGUAAUGACUUCAAAAUUAUGAUGUGUUUGAAUAAUUUAGUGGUAUCCACUUUUUUUUCAAAAUGUGAUUCCUUUACGAAGAAUUAUGUUUUGUAUUAUGCAUCCAACGUUGUUCUUGAUUUCAGUAUUUCAGAUAAUAUUUAAUGUUGAUGUAAUCUUUUUAUUUGGAAGUUAGUCUCAUACUUCAAUACUGUUUUGGGUAUCAAUUUAGACUGUCUUAAUUAAUUAUCUUGAAUACCAAUCAAUAUACACGUUUUGAAGAUUUUUAUGCCUUUAAGAAAAGAAAAAUAAACUGUCCGUCCGAAAUGAGUUUUUCUCUAUAUCCUCAAAAGAUUUAAGUAUUAAUGAUAAAAAAAAACACAACUAG